ACAGUUCAAACCGCUAAGCAACAAAAAAAGGAAAAAAAAAAGCAAAAGGCGCAACCAAAGCUAAUUUCUCUAAUAAAUAAUAAACUAACAGCCCGAGCAGCGCAUAGUUCCCAUCCAUACACCAACAACCAGUAAAUGUAUGAUAAACAAAACUUGUGCAAAACUUUUUUGUUUCGUGAGCAAAUUAUAGUGAAAUAACUAAACAGACAAAACCCCCAACACCAGCCCCACUCCCCACCCAAAAAAACAAAAAAAAAAAAAGUUGCAAAACCAGCAAAGGCAAAGGGUGCCCAACGCCAACAGCUCCCCCUAGACCACCCCCCAGCAGCCAACGAGCCAACGAGCCAGCCAGCCAGCCAGCCAGCAGUGGCGUAUACGCAAAUUAUAUACAGAUGUACACAACAACAACAACAAUAACAACAACACACUUUUAAGCAAAUUGCAUUUGUAUGGGCUGGAAAUAUUGAAGCCUAUAAAUGCUGUUCGAACGCCACACACUGAAGCCAUAUAGCAAACAGCAUAAAAAUAGCUAAAAAUGAAACAUUAACAGCUGGACAGCAAGAACAGCCUAAAAAUCUUGUUACCCUAUCAAAUAUUCUUGGACAAAUUGAAAACAGGAACAUGAUGGGAUUUGGAUGACCACAAGAAAUUGCAAAGCCACAAGUCCGUAAGCUGCAAACGUAAGCGUUAAGUCGUCAAGCUCAGCCGCUAAGAAGAAGACACGAGGCAAGAACUGCAACAAGUUGAACAAAGAAUUCAAUUAAACUAAAUAAGAAUAAGACGCAAGGAGUAAACUACUACGAAGAGUAAACAUAGAUUAAGUGUCAGCGGCAGCGACAGACGCCAGCAACAGCAACAGCAACAGCAGCAGCAGCAGUUGUCAGAGUUUUUUUUCUUUAGGUUUGCCAGCUUGGCAAUUCCUACGCUGUUAUGGAGCCACACGGCGGUUUGCCGCCGGAUAGGGACCGGCAGCUGGUGUUACGUCAACAGACAGUUGCAGCUGCAGACGCGCAACAAAAACAACAACAACAACAACAACAGUUGGCUACGCAAUUAAAGCCAACCACGCUCAGUCUACAAAAGCUGGAGGUAUCCAGCGGCAACAACAAUGCAGAGCACAGCGGCUGCAGUCCAGCGCUGGCCGCCACCGCGACGGCCAUAAGUGCCACAACCCAAGCAGCGACUGCGUUUAGCGGCAGCUCCGUGGGCCAUCAUCAUGCCCAGCAUCAUAUGCAUCAUGGGCAUCCACAGCAUCCGCAGCAUCCGCAUCCACAGCAUCUGAUGGCAGGACAUCCGCGCCAUCAGCAUCAUGGCUCAAUAUCCAGCGCCAGCGGUCUGCUUGCCACAAAUCCGCAGCAGACAAUUGAGAAGCUAUCGCGUCCCAUGGCCUUCGACAAGAUGGAGAUGCUGGUGCGUGAGAUGCAGGAUCAGGAGCAUGGUGUGCCCGUGCGCCAGCAAAAGAUGUUCCUCACUUCCAUACCAUAUGCGUUUAUGGGCUACGAUUUGAUCGAGUGGCUCAUGGAUCGUCUGACCGUCGAGGAGUCGGAGGCAUUGAAUAUUGCAAAUCAGUUAUGCCUGCAUGGCUACUUUUUCCCAGUGAACGACUCCAAGACGUUGACUGUCAAGGACGACUCUUCGCUAUAUCGCUUCCAGACGCCCUACUAUUGGCCAUGGCAGCACAAGGCGCCGGAUAAUGUCGAGUACGCCAUCUAUUUGGCCAAACGCUCGUUGCGCAACAAGCAGCGCCAUGCGCUCGAGGAUUACGAGGCCGAGGCGCUCGCCUCGCUGCAUAAGAAUCUUAAAGGCAAAUGGGACUUUAUCUCAAUGCAAGCCGAGGAGCAGGUUCGCCUCGCCAAGGAGCGCAAGAAGGGCGACAAGAUCGUUGGCGACUCACAAGAGCGCGCCUAUUGGCGCGUACACCGUCCACCGCCCGGACAAUUCACACCGCUGGAGCCAUGCCCAGUGCCAUCGCGUGAUCGUCAGGGCUCGAAGCCAAACAAAAAGAAGACCGUCGACGAUAUACAACGCGAGGUGGACUACUUGAGCAAAUCGCUGAAUCGCACACGCAUGAAGAUGUCACAGGCCUGCGAGUCUCUGGUUCUAUACUCUGAGACCUUUAGCGAAUACGAUACCUUUCUGCAUGCGGCUCUGCCCUCGAAUCCGUGGGUGACCGAGGACAUUGCCUUCUGGCAGCAGAACAGCAACUAUGUGGACGUACCCACCGAGAAGCGCGUCAAACGCUGGGCGAUAUCCAUAGAGGAGCUCGUCUCCGAUCCCACUGGGCUGCAGGAGUUCACCAACUUUCUCGAGAAGGAAUAUUCGCAUGAGAACAUCAGAUUCUGGAUUGCUGUCAAUCGCUUGCGUCGCUCCGCCCACUCCCAAGUGCCGUGCAAGGUCAACGAGAUAUUCGAAGAAUUCCUCAAGCCGGGCGCUCCCUGUGAGAUCAAUAUCGAUGGCAAAACUAUGGAGAGCGUGCUGCGUGGCUUGAAGCAUCCGUCACGCUUCACAUUUGAUUCCGCCUCGGAGCACAUCUAUAUGCUAUUGCUAAAGAAGGAUUGCUAUCCACGCUUUGUGCGCUCCGAGCACUUCAAGCGUCUGAUUGACAGCGGCGUUCAGCCGUCGCAUAAGAAGCGCUUCUUCAACUUUGGCGGUGUCAGUGGCGCCAAGAAAAAGAUGACCGCUGCGCUAUCCAGUCAACCCAAUCUGGGCGACAUGGUCAAAGGAGGAGGCGGCGGCGGCGUUGGCGGUGGCUCCAUAAUGCAGCCACCGCCACCAGCACCGGGCAGCCUGGCACGUCGGCGAGGCAGUGAUCGCAGCUUGACUGGCUCGGCACAUGAACUUGCGGUCAUUGGUGUGAACAAAGAUGCAGGCUCCAAGGUGCCACACUCGCACUCGCAAAGCAAUCUCAGCGAGAUUCCAUACAGUAGCGAUGCUAUAUACCGGGGCGAUAUGCCGCAGGGUCAUUUGGAUACCGGAAUAUAUGCUGCUUACGGCAAGCGUGAUAGAAGCAUACAUACGAUUCCAGAAACUCCCAAUACAAAGUUUGUGCAUCUGGAGACUACGGCGGAGAGCAUGCCCGUGGCCAAUGCUAGUGCCGUCUGUCCCUGGGACGAGCCGGCAACGCCACCCGCUCAAGUGAAACUCUCCAUCUGUCCUUGGGAGCAGGAGAGCGACCCACCCGCAGCCCCAGCCCCAGCUCCAGCUCCAGCUCCAGCUACAGCCGCAGCUCCAGCCGUACCACGUACAGAAGUUACGCCCAAGCUCAGCAAAUCUGGCGCACAGCCGUUGCGUCUGUCCAGCACUUCGUCGGAUACGUGCGAUGUGGCCGAGCGCAUGCAUCGCAAUCUUGGCAUACGGCAUCAGAAUACAGUGGACAGCGGCGAGGCAGCCGGCAUGAAGCGUCUGAUGCCCAUUACGACCGAGCAGCGACGUGCAUCGGUUUCCUUUACGUCCAGCGGUGGUGGUGGUGGCAGCAGUGGCACGGAUUAUGCCUUUGGACGCGGCAACUUUCCAUCGGCCAGCACCUCGCCGGUUAUCCAAAGCAGCUUUCCGCCGUUGCAAGCACGCGAGGCUUGCAUUACCAGAACUGAGAGCAGCAGCAGCGCCAGCAACAUAUUCAAGGAGACGCCGCCGCCGCCCAAGAUCAAGGCACAGGGCAAUGCUGAGCUCGAGGAGCAGACGAAACGCAGCAGCAUGUCCCUGGCCACAGAGUUGGCUGCAACGCCAACGCCAAUGCCGAUGCCAGCCAUCAAGCAAAUUCCAGCGCCGCCCGUCACAAAGAUAACGCCGCCACCCAAAGAUGCAGCCCGCUCGCCCGGCGGAGUGUUGGCCAGCCAGCGCACGCCCACGUUUGCGACCGUGACAGAGCUAUGCAUGGAGAGUCCGCUUACACCCAGCAACAUGGUGAAGCCAAUGAUAGAGCUCGAGCCGGAUUCCGAGCCGGAAGUUAAGGAAGUGCAGAUUGAGCUCAUCGAGACACAGAACUUUGGCGGCGAUGUGGAAGCGCAGCCAGCCGAACUAAAGACAGCAGCAAGCAGCGUGGAGCAGCCAGCUAAGGAUCAUGAUGAUGAUGAUGAUGAUGAUGAUGAUGGCGACAUCAAAGUAGAAGUGGAGCUAAUGGUGCAGGAGAGCGGCGAAGGCGAGCUGUCGCCCACUACCGAUGAAUACCAGGAGGGCAUGCACUUUGGCGACGAUGAUCUAGCGGAUACCGAUAGCCAGCUGGGCUACAUACCGCCAGCGCCGACACCAGCGCCGUCGAUGGCGCCGCUAGCAGUGCUCGAUAUGGAUACAGUGGAUGAUGAGCUAUACGAGGAGGGCGCAGCAGCUGCAUCAGAAGCAGCAGCGACAGCAGCAUUAAGAACGCCCACAGCAUCGGCUGGCAGCGAGGAGACGCGUCGUCGACGCAAGAAGCGCAAUUCAGAUGUAAAGAAGCACAGUUCGCUGGAUGAGAAAGACAAGGAGAAGGCCAGUGGCUCAGCUGGUGCAGCUGGCGCAGCUGGAGGCGAUGCUGUAUGUCCCUGGGAAGAUGACAAUGUGAGCACUAGCGAUGGCACUUUCGUCAAGACCUACGCCACCUUGGGGUACUUAUGAAUAAAGGCCAACGUGUUUAAGUCCGUUGUCAAUAAGCUGCUGAAGAAGAAGAAGAAGCAGGACAAGCAGGAGCAGGACAAGAAAUAGGCACAACAUACAUACAUACAUACCCAGCAUACAUUCAUAACUAUGCACACACACACACACACACCUACUAAUGAUGAUGAUGAUGUACGCUAAUCUCUGUACAUGUGAUUUCAAUCCAAUUUAACCCACUGUACAUAUGUAUGUAUGUAUAAAAGAAAAAAACCUAAGCUUAAGCUAAGCAUAAAGAGUAACUAUCGAAGCUAUAGCAAACUGAAAUUGAAUGCACAAAGAGCACGACACAUGCAAACAAAAAGAAAAUACAAAUAAAUACAAAACUAAAAUGAAAGUACAUAGUGCAAGCACGUACAAGAGUAAUUGUCAAUAAUCAAAGCAUUAAUUAAAAGAAAGCAUUCACCUGAAAGAACGAACGAACGAAUGCUCAUGUUCAUGAUCGAUUCACAUACAUAUAUGUUAUAUGUUCUACAUCGGCGGCUGCUGUUGCGGCUGCAGUUCACUUAAGUAUGUGUUGCCUAUUUCUAGGCUGUCAGGUGAUUUCAAAUUUCGCGCACAAACGUAUGCAAUGCAUUCAUAUUUAAGCUAUAUUUGCUAUAUCAGCCAACGCACAAACUACUUAUGAUACAUAAUGUGUAUAUGUUAACUACUACUUUGUGUUUACAUCAUGGCUAUACAUAUUCGUAUCCGUAUUCGUUAUUCGUUUAAAUUCACGCGCAUGCACGCAACUAUUUUGAAGAAAGGCCCCAAAUUGCUAUGCUAUGAAAAUUUGACACACAUACACAUGCAUCAAAUGCAUGUACACUAAAUUUUCAUUGCCAUGUCAAUCUUUCUAUAACUAAUUCCAGGCAUGCAAUCAAUCUGCUUUUUGUUUAACUCUAAGUCAAGCUUAAAUGUGCAAUUAAUCCAUGAAUCGACAUUGAUAUACUAUUCAUAACAUAACAUAUGUAUGUAUGUUUAAAACUACAACUAGUAAGCAGAAAAGCAACUCCCAAUAUACAAAAACAUACUGCCUAAACAAUCAGAACCAAAUGAGCUAUGCUUUCUAAGUAUGUUAGUGUAUAAAGCAAAUUAAAAACAAAUAUAAAAAGUUCUGUGCAACAAAACGCAAAGCGAAUCAAAGCGAAAUGUAAUGAAACAAAAAAAAAAAAAAAAUACCCAAAGAUGCUUAAGGAAAAAAACAAAAGAAUAACUACUGGUUGUUUGCGACAAUUGAAAACUUUACAAAACCCAAAACCUAAAAACUAUUAAGUGUAAUCAAAGCAAAUAGUGUGCAAGAUGAAUGGAGAUAAAACAAAAAACAAAAACAAAAGCCAAACCAAUACUAUGUGUACCGUGAGCCAUUGCCACAUGCAAAAGGUUUUAUUAAUGUUUACUUUCAAAUUGCCCUCUAACUUCUCUUCCAAAUCGCUUGACUAAUUGUUGUUGGUACAGUAUUUGGAAUUAAAACAAAAACAAAAUACAAGUAGUGUUCGUAACUCGUAACUAUAACUGUCUUUAUGCAAAACUAAUUAAGUGUAUAAAAAACAAGCUUCAACCAAAUAUGCUAAUCAAUAAUGAAUGCUAACGAACGAACGAACAAUUGAUUGAUUGAAGGAUUGACAAACUGAAAAGUUGGCAUACAAAAUGUGGAAUCAAAAUGUGGGUACGUGUUUGUUGAAUGAGAAGAAGAAUUGAUAUGCAUGCCAUACAAACUACACAACACACAGCCAGACACACACACACACACACACACACACCCACACACGCAGACAGUCUCACACAUACGAAUACAUACAGACAACAGACAACAUCACAUAAUUACAGGCGCAGCACUUAUGUAAACAAAUACCUAUAUUAAUAAUCUUAAUAACAAGCAGAAACAUUGAAGAUGAAGUUGAAGUUGAAGAUGUUGUUUAUUAUAGCCGUUAGAUAAAUAGCGGCAUACUCAUACAUACAUAUGAAUUUGAGAAUAAGUAUGUGUACACAUGAAACCACCGUUAACUUUUUGCUUUAUGCGAUCCGAGUAAUUUAAAUUUUAUGAAAACUAGUUUAACACAACAAAAAACAAAAACCAACAGCAGACAACAACUGACAACUGUUUGAAACUGUCUAAAAUAAAUACUUUAAGAUCAUUUUGAGAUCUGCUUACGGAGCAAAACUAAACUACAUAAUUUAUAUAAUUUUUGCUCAUUUAUUUGUAACUACUUUUUGUGUUUGCCUUUGUUUCUACAGACUUUACAAGUCACAAAUUGCCAAA